CACACAAGUCAAAGAUAGGGAAAGAAGCGUGUGAGUCAGUGUCAGAACACACACACGUAUUCUAGGAAGCAAUGGUUGUUAUCACCACAUUUCCACCUCCCACAGAAGGAAUCCGUCAUCAAGAACCAAAUAUAGCGGCACAUAUUAAGUCAAAAGAUUUAGGAAAAGGAACUCUCUACAUAGCAGAGAGUCGAGUUUCUUGGGUUGGAGAGAGUGGUCAAGGAUUUUCUUUGGAGUAUCCAUCUAUCACACUUCAUGCAGUUUCUCGAGAUUUGAAUGCUUUUCCCCGCGAAUGUCUGUAUUUAAUGAUUGAUGCUGAUUUGGAAACCAACGAUGAAGAGGAAGGACAACAGGAAGAGAAUGAAAGAACUGUAGAAAACAAGACCUCCGAGGUUCGCUUUGUUCCUGAAAACACUGGAGUUUUGGAUGCAAUGUUCAAAGCUAUGAUGGAUUGUCAAGCCUUACAUCCUGAUGAAGAUGACUCAUUUUCAGAAGAUGAAGAGGGAUGUUUUGAUGAUGCAGAAGAUGAUUCUGGAGCAGAAUAUGAUGUGGCAGCAGCAGAGAGAGGAAGAGGACAAGGAGAUGGUUCAGUUGGAGAUACUUAUUAUGAUGAAUAUGGAGAACCAAUGGAAGUAGCCCAGUUUGAAGAUGUGGAUCCAGAUCAUUGAUGUGAAAAUACAAUAUUUAGAAAUGAGUGACUUGUUGCUUUCCUUUGUUAGAUUCAUGAAGUAACAAUAUACCUCCAUUUCUUGUAUUGUUGCAGUAUAAUAUUUGUAUUGUAAUUAUCAGAGAGAGUUCCAUCUAAAGAUGUUUAAUCACUGCUUGUAAUAUCAAUUUCCAGCUUAAGCUCAGAUUGUAACUUUUGCGUCAUUCAAAAAUGCAUCUUAUAUUCAAAUUUUGCUUGCAAUACCAAUUUCUCUCCUUAGUUUCUCAUUUUUAAAUAUACAGUUGUAAUUAAGAGUACCUUACAUUAAGUUUAUUAGUGUAUGCAUAAUUAUACUGUACACUUCAAAAGUUAUGCAUUGUACAAGUUUACUGUGAUUUUGCUUUUUUGUAUCAAAAGCAGCCGUGAUUUGUAUUAGUCGAACUUGAUUAUGCUUGAAAAUUACUUUUCUUCCUUAAACGAUAAAUUAAAAACAAAUUCAAACCCCAAACAAUUUAAUAAUUAGUUGUUUAAGAAUCUUACAGGGUACUUGAUUUUUUUAAAGUGUUUUGUAGCUAUUAUUGGCCUAGAGAUUCACAAAUUAAUGUGCAGGGAGUUUUUGGAUUAAAAGACAUUGAAGUAUAUAAAACAGCAUAUGUGCUAAAAAUGUAUUCUAAUUAUAAAGCUUUGUUAGCUUAGUUCUCGACAUUUCUUUUUCUUAUAAAUUUCUUUCAUUUUGUAGAAAUUUCAAACAAGAAAGGAACUUCAAAUUUAGUAAUUUUUUUAUUUUCUUGGCAUUUUUUUGUGAUUCUUGGAGAUUGUUUAUUUUACCAUAUGUUCUGUUAACAUACAAAAAAUAUUUUCCUCUUCCAAAACUAAAAAGGAAUUUUUACAAAAUGAGAUUAAUUAAUGAUAUUAUGUCAAAAAAGCAUUAGUGAAACCUUGCCUUUUUACCAAACAAAGAAUUUAAGAAACUUGACAUCCACUUUUUUAAAUAACCUACAAGAAAGUAGUAAGUCAUCAUAACUGGUGGAGACAUCAUGUUGUUUUUUGCUUUUGUUUGUUGUAUGAUUAUGAUUUGACAGCUGAAGAUAUUAUUUUGCAAAUUUCUCGUGUUUCUGAUGUUGCACUAGUGUGUAUGUGGAAAAAAAAUUGGCAUAUUAUAACAGAAAUUCUUCCAAAAUAUUUUGAAAUGGGUUUUUCCAGAUAUCUUUGUGAAAAAUUACUGUAUUUUCUAAAGAAUAUUAUGAACUUUAUUUACAGUAAUUAUCAGUUUAGAGGUGUAACAAGAUUCUGUGAAAGAACCAUCAAAACCUGAGUUUAGUUUUGUUUAGAUUAAUGGUGUACUGAAACAUCACAGUAUACUCAUGAUGUUUAUCAUUUUGUGAAAACCAGGAAGUUAUAAAUUAUGUAAUAAUGUGAACUGUGUCCUCAUGCUGUUUCACAUGCAGGUUUUUGUUAUAUACAAAAAAAAAACUGUCCUUGCCACUGGUCUUAAUAAAGAUCUUCAAAUGAUCUGAUAUGUUCAAUAGGUUUGACUGGUGAGUAACAAAAACACAAAUUAAAAAGCAUUAUUAUUAUUAUCUGUCACAAUAUCCUGAAUCUGAAAAAGUAAUAUACUUUGUAUCCUGGUUUCAGAAUUAAUUUUUACUGUAUGUGUAGCAAAUUUUAUUUUGUAAAGUAAUGUUCUGUUUAUUCAGAAAGCCAUAUAUUAUGUUCUUUAUCAUUCUGCCAGGAACUUUUUCUAAAGAGGUUUUGAUGUUAUGAAGUUUUUCAUUUAAACACUUUGAUAAUUAUUUUGAGUUAUAUGUAUUAAGAUGCUAUAAAUUUUCACUCAGUAUUAUUAGUACAAAACUACCAAAAAUUAAAUAGAGAUCUGUGAAUGUUUUUUGUGACAGACCUCACAUUGAAAUUUGCAAUUAUUUUUAUAAAUUAAAGUAUCUAAACAAGGAAGUUUAUGGUCUGGCUGAUGUUCUGUUGUAAAAUGAAUACUCUUGUGGUUGGUUUAGAAUUACAAAGAUGGUGUCCUUUCGAAAUAAGGUUUUAGCUAAGGCUAAAAAUGAAGUUUCCAAUUAAAAUGAGUUUAAAUUGCAACAGACUGAUGCCAUAGAUCAAUCAAGUUAAUUUGAUUGUAAGUUUGUUAUUUAAGUUAUGUGUACAAAUUCUUUACAUUCGUAUUAUGGGUUUAUAGACAGAAAUGCGCACAAUUAGCAUUUUAGUAGCAUUUGCUGUGCCAUACAGUAGGCCACUGCCAUCAAGGUAUUUUAGCAAGUAAUAUGUUAUUUUAAUUGGUAUCAAAAUACAGAAAGAUCUUCAUGUGUAGUGGUAUUAAUUUGUGUUACUUAGAAUUUAAUACGAUUGUAUUCUUAUCCAGAAGUAACACUUGAUAAAAUCCCAAGAAUUUUUAAAAUUACUUAUAAUUUGCCUUUCUAUUUCUGUGAACUUAGUCACAGAGCUUAAAGUAUUUUUUUGAUUAAUACUGAAAAAAUAGUGUAGCUCUCAUACUAGCAUCUGUUCUCACGUUGUUGUCAAGGUAAUAGAAGUACUUUGUUUAUCCAAUACUCAUCUCUUUGGUUUAACGAGACUAAAGGAAACCAGUGAAACUCAUUGCAAAUAAGCCAAAAUUUCUAUUUAGUAGAAUAUAUUUGAUAGAAACUUGUUGAAACUACAAAGUUAAUGUAUUGAAAAUUAUAUGUCUUGAAGUUUACUGCCUAUUAUGUAGAUUUCUGGGACACUUAAUUAUGUAUUAUUCCAUAGCUUUAAUUCAAUAAGGCAGUGGUAGCUGAAAUGUUGUCCAUUUAACUAAGUAGAAGAUUUCCUAGUAAAUUUCUUUCUUUCUCUGUAAUGUAUUACCUUUCAUGAUGAUUCUAAAGGAACUGUUAUAUUUUUUUGUUUUCAUUUUUAUUAAUCAGUAAGAUUUCAACUGUCAUUAAUUAAUCUUCAUUUUUGACUGUUCAAUAAGCAAGAAAGUAAUAGUUAUUGUGGGGAGAGGAGCUGUUGUAUUUGAACUCAAUUUCUAUGUUAAAUGAAACAAACUAACAUUCGAUUAGGAGAAUUAUGUAUCUAAAAAUAUAAAUCUAUAGAAAACAGUGAGUUAAUAAUCAUAUAUAGAUAUGUCAUUAAUACAAGCUCACAUUCCUCUAAAAUUACUAGAAUAAGUGAUUUUUUUUAAUUUAUACCAACAAUCAAAAAAUAUAUACCUGUGUGAUAAAAGUACGUGGAUUGUAAAAAGGUAGACAUCAUGGUGGUUAUCUUACUGUUUACCACAAAGCUCAUUAUUCUAGCUAUCGAGUUUUCUAAAAGUAAACAGUUUGAUGAAAAAAAGUAGCAGAAAUUGUAUUCAUAUUUAAUAUAAAUGUUAUUAUUUUAAGAUGAAAUAUUUUUAGUUAACCACUAAAUUAAUGCAAGCAGUUUUAAAUAAUCCUUUCUUAUCCUUAUGUUUAUUAUGAACCAUAUUUAUUCUCAUUCUAAAAAUCCAACAUACUUUUAGGUUCUACUGCACCUUUAUUUGUUCUGGAGUUAUAAUUAAUUUUGCAAGUUUAAUUUCUGUUGCUGUUAUAGCUGUUGCUAAAAAUUGACUGCUUUUACAUUUAUUGUUACUGUUCUAAGUGUUUUUGCUUAUACCUUUAUAAAAACAAUUUCUUAUAGUUACAGUUGUUUUUAGUGUUCAAUGCUCUUAAUAGUUGUGUGCUGUAAAUCAGUGUCAUUUCCCAAAAUAACCUAGUUGGUUAUAUAGAUAUUUACAUUUAGUGUCAAAUUUAUAAAUUGUCAGCCAGUAUCUAUUAAGAUAUUAGCUUAAAUUGAAAUAUUUCAAAACAACAUAGCUAUUUGUUGAGAUAAAUGAAAUAUGAUAUUCUGUAAUAUCAAGGAAGUAUAUGUCUGAACAGUAGUUGGUAAUACCCUUGCCAGACGUUUAUCAUGACAAGGUAUGAAAGACUUGCUCCUCAGAAAUUAUUCUUAAUGAGUUUGUCCAGAAUACUAUUUGUUACAAUUUUGUGUUAAAUGGAAUCUUGCAUAUGAAUAAGGUUUAGUCUUACUAUUCAUGCUCCUAUUGCUUUUCGUGUGUGUGUGUAGAAGCUAUGCAACUGUCUUCCACGUGAACAGUAAUACUUGUUUAUAAAAAGCUGGGUCAGCUAGUUGAAAACUUGAUGAUUUCUACAUAAACCUAUAAAUACUAAGUAUUGUAAGUUGUGUUUUUUUUUUUUCUGUCAGUCAGUACUACUGUGUGUAUUUAGUCUCAGGGUCACAAUAAACUAGUCUUAUUAGGGCCUUAGACUUGAAAAAGACUUUUCAAACAUUGUCCUAAAGUCAAAAGAAGAGGCAGAAGUUUGUGAACACUUGCAAAAAGUAAUUCCUUUUAGUUUUUGCAAGAACUAGAUACUUGUGUGUAAAGAUUGUAACUCAUUUGAGACUUUCUAUAAAAUGUAUUGCUUUUGCUCUGGUCAGAUAUAUAUUUUUUCUUGUCACCUAUUCUUAAAGCAAUUACUUCAAAAUAUGCAUACCAAAUUAUAAAAAAAAAUAUAUUUUGUGGUGUAGUUUUUGUGAGGAAGUAUAAAAAACAAACAUUUUUUACAAUUUUCUUGCAGAAUUGUGAAUCUUAAAUUGGAUUUUUUCUUAGUAGCCUGCAGCUUAACCUUAUGAUAUAGAACAAAUAUUUUUUUUUUAUGAGAAAUGUCCGGAAUCAAAAAUAUUGUUAGAAAGAAAAGUUAAAACGUAAUCAGGAAAGUAACAAACGCAUACAUACGUUACAAGGCAUGUUGUGUUGUACAGCUUUCUGAAAUUUCUUAAACAGGGAUGAAGA